UUCAUUUGCUAAUGACUCAGCUUGAUCUAACUGGUAUACAGAUAAACUUGCUGUUAAACAAAAAUUCCGGUAGGAAGAACCACCUCAAUGUCCAAAAUUCCUUUGCCCCUGCUGGUAUCGGUGGCUCUCUGUAACCAUCUAAAAGCCGAACUACGCAAAGUCACGAGAGCUAUUCACAAGAAGCUUGUAUAUGAAUGGAGAAUGCUGCCAUCCUCUUGAGAGACGAGACGAAGGACCCUUCACAAUGACAGCUGUGCAAGUUCCAAAUAUGAGAGUCGUGCAUAUGGAGUUUCAUGCUUUGUCUCCAGAGUGAUCUUCGUUCUUGUUAAGCUAAUUUCACCUCUUGUCACAAGUUUUGCUUUUGGGAUUUAGACCAUCGUUAGCCACGGAACUCCUGUGUAAAUCACCUUUUUCGUUUUCUUUUUUUUUCCCUAUUUUACACAAAGACUGUUAAUAGGACUGUUAGCAGAAUAAGCAAAGCCAAUAUUCACAGGGUUUAACUUUGUACCAAUAGCACCUUUUGCCCCAGAAUGCCUUACAAACACCAUACAGCAUUCAUGUCCCAGUCUACGACUUGUCAUGAAAUUUCUGUUCACUUAGGCACCACCUUAGUUUCCCAAGCUGACUUUUAGGGACAUUUCAGCACAUAGCAUCUCAUACAAUAAGUCAGAUGCCACCCAGAGGUGCCUUUCAGGUCUGAGAGCUUUCUCCGUGAAUGUAUUCAGAGCUAAAGAGACCAUGCGUGCAUCCUGCGGGUUGAUGCCAUCCACCUAACGGGAGCAUCCUGAAGUGACUGAGGGAAUGGCAGAAGGAGGGCACGCUGGCGCUCCUCCUGUCCGACUGUGGGUGCGACGCGUAGGUGUUUACUGCGAUGAGCACCGCAAAACGUGGCUUGUGGCUGCAGAAGAGGAGGAAGGUAUGCUGAGGGCUCGGAUCCAAAGAGUUCAGGUUCCCCUGGGUGAGGCGCUGCGACCCAGCCAGCUCCCCCCAUCCCGGCUGCCUCAUAUGUGGCAGCUGUCCCAGGGUGAGCAGUACAGGGAUAGUAACUCUCGCGUUUGGGAGAUAGAGCACCAUCUCAUGCUUGGUGGUGUUGAAGAACUGCUGCUUAAACUCGUGCCUGGUGAUUAA